AUGGGUCCCUGUACGGCCUCCCAUUGCUGCUGUCUCCAUCGCCACACUCUGCCAUGUGCCACUUUCAGGUCUCCUCACACUCCUGCUGGUUUCCAUUUUGUCAUAGGUUGCUGUAUGGCCUCACAUUGCUGCUGCCUCCACCGCCACACUGUGGCUCCAAACACUGGUUUUGGCCCCGUGACUGGCCAAAUGAGUGAAGUGUGCGGUGAUUCUAAGAUCGACGGCACUCAUCUGCAUGUCAUACUGACUGACAGUAUUAUUUCUCUUCCCCAGCAGACUCCAAGGGCAUUUAAAUUAAAGGUACAGUGUUCUGCACUAAUAUUA